AUGCAUUACCGGAUGCCAGGGAAUACCAAAGAAACGAAAAUGAAACACAAUCCGCCGCUGGCUCAUCUCAUCUCCUUCCAUUCGGAUGCUGCACGCGUUUUGCGUCCCGCUAAUAUUUUAGACUUCUCCCUUAAACACAAGGGUCAUGUUGUAUUCCUCACACAGAAUUCUCUAGAUCUAGGAUUACUGAAAGUUAUGAAGCAACGGAACUCGGCAUUAGCUGGAGAUUGUAUUAUCCCGAAAUUAAAUCAGCCGCAGUUCUGCUUAGAAGAGGAUUACAUGUAUGCUUAA